UAAAACAAAGUUCAUAAACAAAAUACAAUAAAACAGACAAACGUGUCCCACUGUGGCGCCACGCUUCGGCAGCUGCGCUCUUCCUCUGGUUUCUCGUCCAGUCGCUCCUCGGGCGCGCUACUGCCACCUGCUGUUCAUUCAGGCCCCGCAAAACAACACUACACACUAACGUCCAGAGCCAGCAGGUGCAAGUGAUUGUCCGCUCAUGCUCAAUCAACAGGAACAGUUGUAAUGUGUAAAACCAGGUCGACGGUAAAUUAACCUAAAAAACGGAAGGCUGCUUCUGUCAUCGUCUAAAAGACCACAGGAAUUUUCUACAGCAGGAACGGGGGACACUGUUCCUGGAGGACUUUUUUAGUUCCUGACCAUGAUUUUCAAGUAAUCAUAAAGACCUUGAUUACAUUUCUCAGAUGUUAGGGCUAAAUCUAAACUCACUAAGUUUCUGUAAGAGCUGAGAGGAGAAACAAAAACGUGAAAGAAUUAAUACUCCUUAUUAGCUAUUGUCCACAGUUAAAUGUAAAUUCACUUAAAGUAUGCAUUAUAUUUAUGCGUAUCGGUGCUUUUGUCUAAAGUGACUUAAAGUGCACUUAGGGGUUUCCUCGGUUCCCUAAGAAUUUAUGACACAGCCUUAUGUUAAAAUUGCCCUGUGAAGCUUUAUACUGUAGUAUGUAAUAUACAUGUGUUUUAGAGUGACAUACAGGUGAUUAUUCAGAUUCGGGCACGAACAGCGCAUGCGCAUCAUCUGCAGCGCGCUCCAGUGAGUUUGAGCCGCAGCGCGUUUCAUUCCGCUCGCGUCUGUUUCACAUGAACACAUGCGGCACAUUCAGCCCUCAUAACUGAAGGAAAAAAAAGUUUCAAAAACUCCAGAAAGUUUUGCGCGCACAGGCACACAAACAGUCAUCCUCGUAAAGCUCGAGUGAUUUUGUCAGAAUGGGCUGUUCAUCGUCCAGCACGCAGACGCUCGCGCAGGAGAACCGACCGGGCGUCAAAGCGGAGGAGGCGAACGGAGAAACUCUGCUCUCUCAUAAUGGGAUUGUAGCAGAAGACAGCGAGACCGUCUCAGAUCAGAUGCAGUUGCCUGUUCAGAGCUCUCCGCCAGACGAGGUGGGUCCCGGACCGGCCGAGACGGUGGAGGACGUUCAGGCUGAGGCCUCAAAAGCAGAGCAGCCGACAGUCAGCGCUAGUGAUGCUCCUCUGGAGGGAAGAUGUCCAGCAGACGUUCCUGCAGCCCCUGCUGAAGAGCAGCGAGAUGUUCUUGCUGCUUUGGAACCCACCGACACCACCGCUGCAGGAACCUCUCUAGCUGUGGAACCAGCAUCAGAUCUCACUACCGCUCCAGAACCCGAGCCGGCAGAGCUAACGGCAGCUCCAGACGUCCCAUCAGACGUGAGCUCAGAGCCCACACUAGAGCAAGCAGACACAGCUCCUGAAGCUGCACCAGUGGAACCAGCCGCAGUCCAAGAACCAGUUCCAGUGGAGCUCCCCUCGAGUGUAGAGUCAACUCCAGCUCCUGAAACCACUCCGGUGGAACCCGACCCGAAUGUAGAGUCGGCUCCGCCCGCACCUCCGGAACUCGCUCCAGUGGAGCUAAGCCCCGUUCCAGACCUCACUGUGUCUGAGCCUGUCACGAGUGCAGAACCGGCUCCUGCUGAGGAUCCGACCGUGCGUCCAGAACCCGUUGCGGUGGAACCGAGCCCGGCUCCAGAAGCCGCACCUGAGGAACCGGGUCAAGCCCAAGCGACUGAGGCGGCAGCGAUCGCACAGUCGGUAGAGGAGAACGUGACCUGCGCAGACGCCCCCACACCUGCAGCGCAGGCCGCAGAUGCUCCAAAGGGAGCCGCCGGUGAGGAGAACGCAGCAGAUGUGGCUGGUGAGGCGCUCCUGCAGGGGUCAGAGGUCAAGCCCUCAAACUGCACGGUCGGUGAAGAUGGAGCUGAACUGCUGAAAUCCACAGAACCUGCAGAUUGAUGUCGGUGUGUUCAUGUGACGCUGUAAGACGUGCCUUUUAUCUCGGUAGACAUGAGGGUUUGGGCUUCACAUAAGUUUGUACAUAAAUUAGUGUUUCUAAGUAGCAUUAGCAUCAUUAGCAUUGUUGUUAAAAGCCACAGAAAUGCCUUUGAGAGCACGGGGUCCCGCGGGUAACCGGCCGAGCGUGGGACGAAUGUUUGUGCCACUGGAUAAAAUCACACCGUCGUGUCCUCAUCUUCAACUGAGUCGAACACAACAGCAAUAUUAACUCAUAUGAACAAACAUGAGCCAAAACUCUCAUAACUGUGAAUGAACCAAAUGAUGCUUAAUAAUGUGUCUUUUAAUAAGUGAGAAGGGCUUUGUCUGUUUUACGUAUAUUUAGUGCAUUUUGCACCUCAGCCUGUGGAUGUGAAGCAGGUUGAUUCUUUACGUGCAUUAGUCAAUGACACAGGAAGGCAAACAGUAGUCUAUUAAUCAGUAGUGUAUGUUGUUGGGUUAUUUUAGUACUUACACUUAAACUAAUAAACCAGCUUUAAACUGUCGCUUCAAUUCUGUGACAUCCUGAUGGAAAGACAUGGCUCAGUGAAUCAUAUCAGUGUGUGAAAAUGUGACAGUUGAGCUAUUUAUUAAAAAAAAAAAAAUCAAGCCUUUAAUGAACUAUGACAUGAUCUCUGCAUGUCUUCUGUACCUGUCUUUUUUACAUUUAUAUGUGCACCGAAUAAAUACAA